AUGGGGGAGUCGAGGCAAGAGCUGCUAGCAUGGGUGAACGGCCUGCUGCAGCUCAACAUAACCAAGGUCGAGCAAUGCGGGACUGGAGCCGCGCUAUGCCAGAUCUACGACAGUAUCUUCCUUGAUGUGCCCAUGUCACGCGUCCGAUUCAAUGUCAAUACCGAGUAUGGGUACCUGGAGAAUUUCAAGAUCCUCUCCAACACUUUCCGCAAACACCACGUGGACCGGCCGCUCCACGUUGAGCAACUCGUCAAGUGCAAGAUGCAAGACAAUCUAGAGUUUCUGCAAUUCACGAAGCGGUAUUGGGAUCAGUACUAUCCCGGAGGAGACUAUGAUGCGGUGGGUAGGCGGAAAGGCGCCGGUGCUGGUGCGACACCUUCUGCGCCGCCUGCUGCUCGACCAGCCGCAGCUGCUGCAAACAGCGGAGCAAGGAGACCAAUGGCCGCUGGAGCGACCGCAACGCCCCGCACAACAAGUCGACAAACGGGCGGGGGACCUGCAAGCUCGGCCUUGCAGCAGAAGAACGCAGAGUUGAUGGAGACGGUGCAAGGUCUAGAAAGGGAGAGGGACUUCUACUUCAGCAAGCUACGGGACAUCGAACUCCUCAUUCAGCAAGCCAUGGAGGCUGAACCGUCGUUAGAGGAGGACGAAGGCAGCCUUCUCAAGCAGAUACAGACCAUCCUGUAUUCAACGGAGGAAGGCUUUGAGAUCCCGCAGGAGGCGGAGACGGAAGCUGCAGGCGAAGAGGAAACGUUCUGAUGAUACCAACUCACGCAUGCCGCUUCAGCGUUGCUUCGCAGAGUCAGAGGACCCUGCGCCAUUCGCACGAUUUCAGUUGAAGGGAACGAGUAGCGUGUAAUUAUACUAA